AACAAAAGGGCCGCGGGGGGCCGGGGGGAAGCGGGACGGACACAAAGCGCGGGGCCGCGGGGUCACAGAGGGACGGGAGGGGGGCGGGAAGGCCGCAGCUGCGAGAGGCAAUUAGGGGGCGGGGAACGGCUUCCCGAGGGUCGGUAACGGGGGGAAGGCGUCCCCGUUCCGCCUCCGCGGGGCAACACCGGGGAAGGACCCCCGGGCCGGGACCGCCCCGCUGCCACCCGCCCUCGGUCGCCCAGGCAACUCCCGCCCGGCCUCAAGAUGGCGGCUCCGCGCUCUGCCUCCUGGCGCGGCGCUGCGCAUGCGCGAUGCCGCCCCCGCUCUCCGGGCUCCUCGCCGGAAGUGCUGGAGGAGGCGGAGGGGAGGGGCGGACGCUUCCGGUUCCGGGUCAGCGGCGGCGGCCGGAGGAGGGGGGCCGCGGCUGUCGGUGCGGUGCCGGGGCGGCGCGGAGCGGCACGGGGAGGGCCCGCGGCAGGUACAGGCCCCGCGGAGCCCCGCUCGGCCCCGGAGGCCAAGACUCGCAGCAGCAUCUUCCUCCCAGAGUUGGGGGGGGGGGACCGGGGAUGUCCCCUCACUGAGGACAACGCCGUCCCCUCCCACCCGCUGCCGCCACCCCCCCCCCACAGCCGGGGGGUGACCGAGGAGGACAGCAGCCACCGGGCGCCCCGAUCCCGCGCGAUGUCGGCGAAGUGGAGGGCGAGCCUGCUGGCGUGCGAGGGGCUCUCCGGCGUCUGCCUGGUGCCCACGGUGGCCAGCAAGAAGAUGAUGCCGAAGCAGAGCUCGAAGCAGGCGGAGGGCAGGGAACGGGGCAGCAGCCCCGACGUGCUGGCACUGCGUCAGGAUGGGGAGAAAUCCCGCAGCCGAAAGGAGGAGGAGACGGCGGAGGCGUCGCAGCCCAAAAAGUCCAUUAAAAAGGUGGUGGUGAUCAAGCAGAACUGCUCCUUCCAGCUGAGGAUCCACAAGAACUUCAUCUGCGAGCAGUGCUGCGGGGCGUUCCGCAGCAGUUACCACCUCAAGAGGCACAUCCUCAUCCACACCGGCGAGAAGCCCUUCGAGUGCGACGUGUGCGACAUGCGCUUCAUCCAGAAGUACCACCUGGAGCGCCACAAGCGUGUGCACAGCGGCGAGAAGCCCUACCAGUGCGAGCGCUGCAUGCAGAGCUUCUCCCGCACAGACCGGCUGCUGCGACACAAGCGCAUGUGCCAAGGCUGCCAGACCAAAGGCCCCGAGGCGCAGCUGCUGCUGUAGGGCCGAGCGCUGGGGGGCGGCCGUGUCCCCCCCCCCCCUCGCCGCCCCCGGACUUCCCGACCAGGUCCCGACACUGUACAUAGGCUGAGGAUGAGUUGGAACCCUUCUCCCGCGCAGCGGCAGCAGUGGGGGCGGCUCUGCCCACCCCCUGCCUCGAGACCCCCCCUCCCCUCCGCCCCAUCCCGGCUCCACCGUUGCCUCUCGGGGUUGGCUCCGAGUGGGGGGAGCAUCUCCAGAGCGGCCCCCAGCUCACAGGAAGGACGUGGGGUGGGGUGGAGCCCCUCCUCCCCCCAGCUUCCCCCAUUUUGCGAGAAAAGAGAAGCAGAAGGCAGAG